CCAACUCCGGAGCUCUGCAAUAUCCUCCUUCUUCAGUCCAGGGUUCCUCUCGUACUCCUCCUCCGCAGUCACGGGCUCCGUCCGCAUGUCUCGCACAGCACUGUUCUCUGUGGACAAAAGGAUGGAGGUUCUCGGGCGUAAACACUUCUACCGUCCUGCUCCUGGACGACUGGGGACCGAGCACAGAUUGAGACAAGCCGAGUAUGACGCACGGGCGGGACGUGACGGUGUCCACGUACGUCGUAACGGAGUACACGGUUGGAAUGGACAGGAAACAGUAAUGUUUAGCGGAGACCGCCACGUGCAAAACGUGCCCAAUCAGAGUGCAAAAUCGAAGGAUCAAUUAGUAUUCCUUGGAGCAUACCGGAGCCAGUUUAUAAUACCGGGAAAUGCAUUUUAACUCAAUACGGUGGUGAUAAUUAUCAAAUAACAAGCAUUAGUAUUGAUAAGGUAUGUUUCAAUGAUUUAACGUAAUGUUUAUCAUAAUACGUGGAGACAGAUUUUUGUAGUAUGAUGCCCAUAAUUUGCUUGCAAACUCCCGAGGUAUAAGAGAUAAAGAUUUUAAU